CCCAGCUCGUCACUGGAAGCUGCGGUACAGAGACUGAUCUACGGACUUUCCCUGAGUGACAGCUAAAAAUUGGACAGAUAAUUCCUUGAGAUUAUGGCAGCAGCGAGGCGUGUGCGACUAUCACGGUAUCUCGCCCGGGAUUAAAAAAGAUUUCACUCGUCCUGAUGAUGGCGGGGAAAAAAUGCAGAUUGUCGGUGAUGAAUUAAAUGUGAACUUUUCUGCCGCCCGACAUGCGAUAGAUCGUACCUGGUAAAAAGAGAACCGAGGUCAUUAGUUAUUUUUCUUUAUAUAAUUUGAAUUGAAGGUUGGAGGAUUGAUUUUUUGUGAGUGAAAUGUGACGCAGCAGAGGAAGACGAGUUUAACGGAUUACACUUUUAUUUUGUCUCCUUAAAGUGAUAUUCUCAAUUUUGGAAAGAUGACAGACACAGGACCAUAAAGCGGCCGCUCUCCUGCAGGUGUUGUGGUCUUCAGUCACUCUUCUGGUUGUCUGGGGUAAAACAGUUUGUCCUCAAUGAAGAAUUAGGUUUUUUUGGCUGUGCUGAACUAUUCAGAUCCUGAUAAGUUAAUUGUUGUUGUGGUAAUGAUGGUGUUGUCAGUCAUUCCAUCCUCGGUCGCUGUCUGGUAUGACAUGAUCACCUGAGUGCCUCUGUGUUGUCCGUGCCGCGCCCACCCCGCUCACCUAUCCAUGUUGGAGGAGUCAAGUCACGGUGGUGAGGGAGGAGUGGUGGGGGAGAAGGAUGAUGGUGAGAAUGUGUUUGAGGAGGUGAGCGGUGUAGAGGUGUCCUGCAGGGACCAUGGUGCCUGCGGGGGCUUCUCCCCUCAGGAGGAUCUCACCAAUCCUUUCCUGCCCCUGGAGAAGCUGGGCAAACUCCUGCUGGAGCCAAGCCUCCCCAACAACACCAACACGUCGUCGCAUCACCCGCUCUUCAACUUCUCCAUCCACGAGGCGUACGACAUCAUUUCCGACACCCAGGCCGGGUACCUGGACGGGGUGACGGAGGUUGUCUUCAUCGUCUGCUACGUCAGUCUCAUCCUCUUCGGCGUCGGGGGCAACAUGAUGGUUGGUUGGGUCAUCUGGCGCAAGAGGACUAUGCGGACGCCCAGGAACCUGUACAUAAUAAACCUCACAGUGUCGGACCUCAGCAUGUGCUUGGUGUGUAUGCCCGUCACACUCGUCGGUCUGCUCUACAAGAACUGGGGGAUGGGGAGCCUCGCCUGUAAGCUGGUGCCGGUGCUGCAGGGAGCCAACAUCAUGGUGUCAACCUCCACGGUGGUAGCCAUAGCGGUGGAUCGUUAUGCCACCAUUGUUAAAGCGGGAGGGUCGACGAGGAAUAAGUUCCACGUAGCGGCCUCCAUAUGUGCCAUCUGGGUGUCGUCUGUGCUGUUUGCGCUGCCGCUCUACUUCUACUACAUCGUGGCGCAGGUGAAGCUGCAGCACAUCCUGCUGUACUCCCGCUGUGUCGACCACUGGCCCUCCAGGAGCGCGAAGAACGUGUGGAUCAUCGCGCUCCUGCUCACACAGUAUGGCAUCCCCAUCGUGGUGCUGAGUGUAGUUCACGCCCGCAUCAAGCGUUACCUCAGCCAGCACAUGAUGGGCCAGUAUGACGCCAGGCGAGCACAGAAGGAGAUAGAGCGUAACCGUAAGACAACAAUCUUGCUCUCCACUAUAGCCGUGGCUUUCGCUGUCUGUUGGCUACCUUGGAACAUCGUCAACCUGUUGGCAGAUUUCGAAUACGAAGGUUUCAAAGACCCGACUCACUUGUACACGGUGUUUGGCGCCUGUCACAUGAUCGCCAUGAGCUCGGCGUGCAUCAACCCCGUCCUCUACGGUUGGCUCAACACCAACCUGCGCCGAGAGCUGCUCGAGUUCCUGCCACCCAUCUUCGCUAAGAUGGGCUGGAUCCUGCCGGAGUCCUUCAGGAGGAGAACCGGGGACUCGCCAACGAGACAGCCGGAGAGCGUGACGCUGCUGGUAUUCCAGGGCAACCAGAACAACAGCAUCCAGACGGUGGCUCACCCGCCUCAGACCAUCACCACCACCAUCAUCAAGGACGACACCUAGCCAGGUGUGAGCUGGAGGACCAAUCAGGAGGAGGUGACCAUCAUCCGCCACGACGACGGAGGCCGCCACGCAGCGUUGGACGGCACCCACUGCAGAAGAGACUCAGCCAACAACUGCCGGGGAGGAGCGGCGGUGGCCACCACGUCCGGGAAUAGGAGGGAGGUCACGUUUGAGGCUCUGGUGGAGAUGAAGUCAGAAGUUUCGUCAGAGGUCAUGUCGGAUUUGUCGACGGAAAUAACGCCAGAAGGUCAAGAGGAGGUCAUGGCGGAAAAGACAACCAGAGGCAUUGUAGAGGUGGCAAAUGAGUCGGCAUUAGAAGCCCCCAGAAGGCAGGUCAUGCAUGACGGACUAUCAUACGCACCAAAAGAGGUCAAGUCUACACCCUCGUCAGAGGUUACGUGACGUAACCAACGAUGGUUAACAGACAAAGAAUUUUUUCGUUUAUGACAGACAGCGUCGGGGUCUUUGGACUCGUGAAUUGUGUCACCAGAGGGGACAAGUGCCACGCCUGGGACAAGAAACCGGCAGGACCUGAUCUGCCUUGAGUCUUGUGCCUCUGGUCUUCUUCCUGUAUGACACGGGUUGUGGCUAAUACUUCUCACCUCAUAGUAGUACGUAAUUUGUCAUUACCGAGCGAUGUUCUCAUUCAGCUCAACGACAAAAGGAAUGACGUUCACCUUCAUCCCUGCAGUGAAAACAAAUGCCUGUUGCGGCUUUUACGUGUGGCGGCACUGAACAGGGUGAACAGAGAGUGCAGAGGUCGACCUCGUGAAUCCAUGAAAUAUCACCUCCUAAUUUCCUCCAGCUAAGACAUAAAGAAGACUGUGGAUUUGUGCCACAAAAGAUUAAAAAUGUUACAUGUAUAUGAACGUUUUUUGAACCUUGAUGUAAAAACUUUCAAUCGUGCUGAGAUUCUCCCAUCACUUUGUGCUGCUAUUAAUUAUAAAGAUUUUUUUUUUUUUAGCGACAAGAGUGUCACCGACCAAGGGUAGAGACGGAGCUUGUGGGUCGUCCAACACACCCUCAUGCUCCCAGAUACCGACGUAAAAAACGAAAGUGGUGGCCUGAAUCAUGCCUUUUAUUCCUGUACCAUCGACAUGUACAUGUAUUAUUAAGCGCACUCAUUUCCUUGGUGCUAUGUUCAUUCUUGUAUAUAUAAAAUGUUUGUAUACGGUUUAUUUUGGGAGAAUAUUCUUUGAAACUGUUGUGUGAUAGCGGGUCAGCUAUAUAUAUAGGAUCCAGAGAGAGAGAGAGAGAGAGA